UCACCAAAGACAGCACAAGAUAUUCACCACGAAUUAGCCCAGUUCAGUUCACAGCAAUGGCUGCUUUCGCCGCUGUGGUUGCCAUUGCCGUCCUCGUCCUUGCAACGGUCGCCGACGCAGCUUCGACGCCGGCGGCCGCGGCGACGACGACGACCAAGAGUGCACCGGUGAUCUACAUUUUCGGGGACUCGAUGUCCGACGUCGGGAACAACAACUACCUCCUCUUGUCCCUCGCCAAGUGCAACUACCCCUGGUACGGCAUCGACUACAAGACCGGCUACCCCACCGGGAGGUUCACCAAUGGCCGGACCAUCGGAGACAUCAUGGCUGCUAAGUUUGGCGCCCCGCCCCCGGUGCCUUUCCUCUCCCUGUACAUGACCGACGACGAGGUCCUCGGCGGCGUCAACUUCGCGUCCGGCGGCGCCGGGCUCCUCAACGAGACCGGCAUUUACUUUGUUCAGUACCUGUCGUUCGACAACCAGAUAUCGUCCUUCGAGCAGAUCAAGAACGCGAUGAUCGCCAAGAUCGGCAAGAAGGCCGCCGAGGAGACUGUCAAUGGCGCAAUAUUCCAGAUCGGGCUCGGGAGCAACGACUACGUCAACAACUUCCUGCGGCCGUUCAUGGCGGACGGCAUCGUGUACACCCACGACGAGUUCAUCGGCCUCCUCAUGGAGACCAUGGACCGGCAGCUCACGAGGCUGUACGAUCUCGGCGCGCGCCACAUCUGGUUCAGCGGGCUGGCGCCGCUGGGCUGCAUCCCGUCGCAGCGCGUGCUCUCGGACGACGGCGAGUGCCUGAACGACGUGAACGCGUACGCCCUCCAGUUCAACGCCGCGGCCAGGAACCUGCUGGAGGGGCUGAACGCCAAGCUGCCCGGCGCGCGCAUGUCCCUCUCCGACUGCUACUCCAUCGUCAUGGAGCUCAUCGACCACCCCCAGAAAUACGGGUUCAAGACGUCGCACACGUCGUGCUGCGACGUGGACACGACGGUGGGGGGCCUGUGCCUGCCGACCGCGCAGCUCUGCGCCGACCGCAAGGACUUCGUGUUCUGGGACGCGUACCACACCUCCGACGCCGCCAACCAGAUCAUCGCCGACCGCCUCUUCGCCGAGAUGGUGGGCACCGGCGCCGUGGCGCCCGGCAACGGCACGUCCCCGCCCCGCGUCGUCGGCGCGCCGGCGCCCACCCGCGUCGCGCCGCCGCGCAAGCCUUGAUCACCCACGCCUUUUUGUGUGGCAACUCCGACUCGUGUCCCGUUAGUCGGCGCUGUUCCAGAAAAAACAAUUGCAUGAUAGCACCUGUGUUUGAUGAGUUAUUAUUCCACGUGGUAGAAGAGAGCAAGGUGAAAUCGUAGUAUCGCCAUUGUAAUACAUUUUUUUCUUUGGAAAAAGCAUGAAACGAUGUCCCAAAUCUUCAAGAAUCCUAAUUUUGCACGA